AUGAUCGUCCGCCGCUGCGCUCGCCGCUCCUUCGCCGCCGCCGCGCCCCCGCCCAAGCUGCGCCUGCUCUUUUGCGGCUCCGACGACUUCAGCAUCCACGCCCUGCGCGCCCUGCACCGCGAACACGUGAGCAACCCGCGCCUCAUCGACACUCUCGACGUCGUCCAUCGGCCCGGCAAGCGCACCGGCCGCGGCCUGAAGCAGAUCCGCCAAGUCCCCAUCAAGGCCGCCGCCGACGAGCUCGCGCUUCCCGCCCAUGAGAUCGAUACUUUCACCGGCUGGGUCCCCCCCGCGCCUUUUGACUUGGUUGUCGCCGUGUCCUUCGGUCUUCUUGUGCCGCCGCGCAUCUUGAAACAGGCCACAUAUGGCGGCCUGAAUGUCCACCCCUCCAUGCUGCCUGAUCUCUACGGCCCUGCGCCCAUCCACCAUGCCCUGCUACGAGGAGACGCGAAGACGGGCGUUAGCAUCCAAACCCUGCAUCCCAAGCAUUUUGACCAAGGCGUCGUGCUGUCCCAGACUCCUUCCCCCGGCAUUGCAAUCCCCGAAGUCGCCACCUGCACUCCCCAGCGCCUCAUCGAUCAUCUGGGCCCAAUUGGAGGCGCCAUGCUAGUCCAGGUCCUCCGAGAGCGCGCUUUCAUCCCUCCCUUGAAGAGCGCGGCUUCAGAAUCCACGGCUGAGCCCCGCCAUGCUUCGAAGAUUACAAAAGAGCAUAGCCAUGUAGACUUUCAUACUUGGCCCGCCGAUCGCAUCGUGCGCACGCUGCGGGUAGUGGGCCAGUUAUGGGACACUGCUCUUUACUCAGAGAUUCUGCCCGAAGCAGGCUCUCCUAAGAGGAUCGUCAUCCAUGCGGCGAGAAUUGACACGGGUGCGCCGGCAGAGGCGCAUCCACCGGGCACGUGGUGGGCCGACAACAAGCGUCAGCCAGUACCCGCCAUUGGCACCGUCACCUGCGAUGGCAAAGUGAUAUACAUAGAAUCUUGUACUAUAGAGGGCUCCCGCAAGGGAGAAGGUACUCGGUUGCUAUCCCAGGCGCUGGCUCGCACAUCUGGUCCAGGUAGAUAG